CUAGAUUCCAAAAUUUAUAUGCUGCUCUGGUAAUAGCAAAACCAGAAGCUUAUCUAUCCAAAUCAAAAUCAAAAGGUAAAAAAUAAAAAAUUAACAACAGCAGCAGCAAACAAGAAGAUUUCAGCAUCAAAUAUACUCUAAAUUAAGGUGGUUUUCAGAUCUUCAAGAUUUGAUGGAAAUGGCUUCCAUUUCUUCAACCCCACGAACUGUUGAAGAGAUCUUCAAAGAUUAUAGUGGUCGUCGUGCUGGGAUUGUUCGUGCUUUGUCUUUUGAUGUUGAUGAAUUUUAUGGACUCUGUGAUCCAGAGAAGGAGAACUUGUGUCUUUAUGGACAUCCAAAUGAAACAUGGGAAGUCAGUUUACCUGCUGAAGAAGUCCCUCCAGAGCUUCCUGAGCCGGCUCUUGGGAUCAACUUUGCAAGAGACGGCAUGAACCGUAAAGACUGGCUCUCGCUAGUUGCUGUACACAGUGAUUGCUGGAUGCUCUCUGUGGCUUUCUAUCUUGGUGCUCGUCUUAAUCGAAAUGAGAGGAAGCGUCUGUUUAGCUUGAUCAAUGAACUGCCUACUGUAUUUGAAGUUGUAACAGAAAGGAAACCUGUGAAAGAGAAGCCCAGUGGAGACAGUGGAAGCAAAUAUCGGGCCAGCACAAAGAGGUCAAGUGACGGACAGGUGAAAAGCAUCCCAAAAAUGGCUGAUGAAAGUUUCGAGGAAGAUGAAGAUGAGCACAGUGAAACGCUAUGCGGAAGCUGCGGUGGUAAUUAUAAUCCAGAUGAAUUUUGGAUUGGUUGUGACAUCUGUGAGAGGUGGUACCAUGGAAAGUGUGUUAAAAUAACACCUGUGAAGGCCGAGAGCAUAAAGCAAUACAAAUGCCCGUCCUGCAUGAAGCGUGGAAGGCAGUAGAAGUAGCAGUAAAAGCAAUAUAUUGGUUGAUGGUUCAGAUUUGUGGCUAACAGAGUAGUUUAGCUGUAUCACCUUUGAAAUUCUCUGUAACGAAAUUGUUUUUAUGUGUGUUUGUAACAUUUGUUCUCCAAAUGGGUUGAAGUCAUCUCUUCCCUAUUGAAUUAUAGCUCUAGUGCUUGCUUAUAUAUAUGAAUCCAUAAAAUUAUGCGGAGACUUUGGGAUCCUGUAGUCAAUAUUGAAACAAUUCAUUGAUGAGUGUGUUUGAUUUA